AAUAAUAAAUAAUCACGGCCGUACGACGCCAAUAACCAGAGAGUGAAGCUGUGAAGCCGUUCUCCAUCUUCAGACCUCCCUUGCCACCCCGACACCCCGUGCUACGCCUUUCCUCCCUACACCCAAAAUCGGCCAUCUGAGAGCUCCUCAAUCCGACUGUUCAACGACCCACCAUCUACAGACGAACAACCGGCACCACCUAAAGCCAACUGGCAACCGAAGACCCACCCUCUACAGGGAUUUAAGAUAAUAAUGUCUGCAAAUAGUGAUGCAUCUAGUGGACCUCCAUUAUGCCACUGUGGAGUUCCUGCUGUUUUAAGAGACUCGACAAAUGCCAAUUUUCAUGGCUGUGUUAACCAGGAGAAACCUAGUGAUUCUGAUUUUUUUGAUUGGGCUGAGCCCGAAAUGUGCCCUUAUGGAAAAAGAUUGGUGGAGGGGCUGAAGGACAAAGAAGAGGGAAUGUGGGCUGAAAUUGAUAGAGUUGAAAAAUUGAUGGAAAUAGAAUUGGCAACAUACAAGGCGAAUAUGGAGGGUCAAUUUGCCCAAUUCCGGGCUAGGGCGUUAGAGUUGUACCAAACUAGGGAGAAAUUGUACAAAUUUAGGGAGAAGAUGUACAAAUCUAGAGAGAAGAUGUACCAGAUUGCCUUAGUUAUUGUUAUUUUGCUUAUGUUAUUUUAUGUUAAGAAAUGAUUGUUGUAUAACUCUUGACACAACUGCAACAACUUCUUUUCAAAUUAUCUAUUUGAUCUGUUUUCUUACAA